AGGAUCUUUGACAAGUUCCUCUCAGUUCCUCCUGGUCCCGAACUUGGAUUUGAAGUGCUCAGCGGCUGGGGCUCUUCUUCUGCUCUCGGAAACUUUGCGGCUGAGGCUACCUGAGAAUGGGCGACUGGAGUGCUCUGGGCCGCUUGCUGGACAAGGUCCAGGCCUACUCCACUGCGGGGGGGAAGGUGUGGCUGUCAGUCCUCUUCAUCUUCAGGAUCCUGGUCCUGGGGACCGCCGUGGAGUCCGCCUGGGGAGACGAGCAGUCUGCAUUCAAAUGCAACACUCAGCAGCCUGGCUGUGAGAACGUGUGCUAUGACAAAUCCUUCCCCAUCUCCCACGUGCGCUUCUGGGUCCUACAGAUCAUCUUCGUGUCCACGCCCACGCUGCUCUACCUGGCUCACGUCUUCUACCUAAACAGGAAGGAGCAGAAGUUUGCCAGGAAGGAGGAGGUGCUUAAAGCUGUGCAAAAUGAUGGAGGUGAUGUUGACAUCCCGCUGAAGAAAAUUGAGUUGAAAAAGCUCAAGUAUGGCAUCGAGGAGCACGGCAAAGUGAAGAUGAAAGGGGCCCUGCUCAGAACCUACAUAGUCAGCAUUUUAUUCAAGUCUAUGUUUGAGGUGGGCUUCCUGGUGAUCCAGUGGUACAUAUACGGCUUCAGCCUUAAUGCAGUGUACACCUGUGAGAGGGACCCCUGCCCCCACAGGGUGGACUGUUUCCUGUCCCGUCCGACGGAGAAGACGGUCUUCAUCAUCUUCAUGCUGGUGGUGUCUAUGGUAUCUCUGAUGCUCAACGUCAUUGAGCUCUUCUAUGUUUUCUUUAAGAGGAUCAAAGAUCGCGUGAAGGGCAGACAGCCCCCCAUUCUGUACCCAAAUGCAGGCACAUUGAGCCCCACUCCUAAAGACCUGUCCACCACUAAGUAUGCCUACUAUAACGGCUGUUCCUCUCCCACCGCACCACUCUCACCCAUGUCCCCCCCAGGCUACAAACUUGCCACAGGGGAGCGGGGAACUGGCUCCUGCCGUAACUACAACAAGCAGGCCAACGAGCAGAACUGGGCCAACUACUCCACAGAGCAGAACCGCCUUGGCCAGACUGGUGGAGGAAGCACUAUUUCAAACUCCCACGCCCAGGCUUUUGACUUCCCAGAUGACACCCACGAUAAGAAACUGUCGUCGGCCGCAGGACACGAGCUGCACCCUUUAGCACUGAUGGAGGCGCGGCCCUGCAGCCGGGCCAGCAGCCGCAUGAGCAGCCGGGCCAGGCCGGACGACCUGGACGUGUAAGCCCUGCGCCCACCCCCCCAACAUGUGGCUGAAAUCACAGACUCUUAGUCACUCAAAGAGACAUUUCAUUUGUUAUGUAACCCUGUCAUAGGUACACGUUGCAAAUAUUUGUUCAAUAUCUGUUGGUUGAGAGAAGACUAACAGCCGGUGGUUUACUGCUCUCAGUUGCCAUGGUUACAGCUACAUUCUGUUCUUUGUUUCCGCUAUUGGUGACAGCAUUUCACUUCCCAUCAUCACAUCUGAAUGAGGAGCCUUCUUAGUUUUUUGUUUUUUGUCUACAUGUGAGCAGAUCAAAAGGAGUCUUUUCUGCUUAUUCUGGUUCAUUUACAUUCUGUUGUCCAAUAAGCAUGCCACACCGUUUGGACGUUUGAAAAAAGUGAGUAAACUCUACUCUGCUACUUCUGAGUUUAAGGUAACUCUUAAGUGAGUCAGCUUUCAGGUUAGCUUUCCAUGGUAACUCCUGUCCCAGCCUUAUUGGGGCCUACAGCGAGUGUUAGGGCAGGAUGCUUAAUAUCAGUUGAGUGAAUAUUUAUUGCUUGGCAUCAGUACGACUUCCAACAAGUGACUACUAUCAGCAUCUCUAACUCACAGAAAACAUUUUUCAUUAAUCCCCUGAAACUUUAUAUUUAUUGACAGUAAGACAUAUUUUUCUCUUUGGUUACUUUUUCAGUCAGCAUGGACUGUGGUUUCCUGAUCAACUUUGAAUGUAUGUGCUGUUAUGUUUCCAUGUGUCUUUUGGGCUGUGUGUGUGAGGGUUCAGCAAACAUAAAGGAAGGCUUUAUUAUUGUGUCUUAUCUUUUUCAUCUUUCGUGGCCUGUAGAGAAAGACAUUAGAAUGGUUUUCGUUCUUUUACAUAUUUGAAUGAAUGAUCUUUUUUGUUCUGUAGGUAUUGUUUUCUUUUUCAGACUCAAUGUAGCCCUUGCUGCUUGAGAAAUAGAUUUUUAAGUACUGUAAAUUCAGCUAACUAUGUCACAAUAAAAAUGUGAGUUUUUAGAAGACUGCCUAUAGAUCUGGACUAAUAUUUAGUCAGUUAUAUUAAAAUGUAUGCCAAUGUAGCUCCAUAACUACAAACACUAAGAUAAUUCUCAAUUUGGCCUUUUUUUCUUUGAAUUGUAAUUGUUUAAAUCAUCCUUUGUGCAUCAUAUUGUCGGUACUUACAUGUGUCAUGGAUCUUUCAGCUACAAUGGCAUUUGCACUGAAAUCUUGAUGGUAGAGAUGUAAUGUGAUGCAUACAGUUAGUUGUAAGAGUUUGCUGAUACACAUGUUACUAAUUUAUUUUUUAACACAAAAAUCACUACAGCGCAUACCAUUAGAAAUCUGAGCUCUGGUCCUGUGAGAGCAGGAGCAGUGGUCAUUUGUUGCCAUAAUUCAGACUAUGCUAAUCCCUCCACUGUUGUACAGUGUAAGUGCAAAACUCUCUCAUUGUAUCUGUGAAAAGCUAUUUUAACCAAUAAAUGUACAACAGUUGACAAAAUU